AUGGAGACUCAUCCACUCUCCCUUCCAGAGAUCGUCCUCAUCGUCGGGAAAAACAUCCCUCUGUGGGUGCCCCGUGAACAACGCUAUGACGUCGUCGUCUGGCUCUUCAAACCAAAGGACCUCGUCGCCGCCCUUUCAGUCAACCGACUCUUCUACACCACCCUCACCCCGCUCCUCUGGAACGUCUGCGCCUACCCUUACGACCGAUCCCAGAAAUACCUCAGCUCCUCCUACCGAGGCACCCUCUGCCGGUUUCGGGACGUUGCUGCGGAUGUUUUCACAAAGCACAGUAUCCAUAUUCGCUAUCUCGACUUGUCUCGGUAUGAACCUCACGACUUGUACAGUCUGAACCAGCUUCAACUCGCGUGUACUCGGCUUCGGGAACUCAGGCUUUCUCACGGCGUUGAUGUUACGAAUGCAGGGCAGCUGAUUCGGGCCAACCCUGGGUUGCAGCUUAUGAGGUGGAAGCGGUAUAUCAAGUUCUUGAACGAGCCUGAGGACCUGAGGGUGCUUUUUCCGCUUCGGCAGCUGAGGUAUCUAGGACUGAAGGGGUGGGCUAUCAACCCUGUCUACUUGCACCAUAUCCUGCACAACAACGCCAAUACACUGGAGGAAGUCGAGUUGGGGGAGUGGUCUAUUGUACUCAGGACACCACAUAUGAACGAACAGUGGAACGGACUGGACCCAUCGUCUCUGGAUUUGUUGACGGACGAGGAGCAGGCUGAAGCUGUUGAGCUCAUCCAAGGACGGUCACUGUUGUUACCCAAGGUCAAGACGCUUCACCUGUUGGUUAAGUGGAGCGACACAAGCAGAAGCACAGUCUGUAACCUGGUCCGGUCGUUCCCAGCACUGGAAACGCUCAAGAUUGGAUUUGUUGACAACGAGCUUGGUAUGCGAUUGGGUAAGAACCUGAAGGAGACCUGUCCCAACUUGCGAUCGAUCCUAAAUAUGAUGCCGGCGUUCGACAGUGGCAGAGUUCCGAUGCCUGGAUAUGACGGAAUUUCGUUCAUCGCAGGAGCAUGUGCGCCCGGGAACUUGGUUCAUCUUGAGUUAAACCGAUGGGAGUUUGAUGCGAAGCUGGCGGAUGCCCUGGUCAAGCACCGUAAUGGACUCGAGAUCUUGGACGUGAGCCUCAGCGACUAUCAUAACAUUGUUCACUCGUUCGAGAAUGUGAGCAAGGUUCUGGAGAAGUGUACUCGACUUCGGGAGUUUUCGAUGUACAACGACAGCAGGCUGUGCAAGGAGCACCACGCGUCGAUUCUUUUGAAAGGAUUGAAGGCGUGCCGGACUCUGGAGUGGUUGACCUUGGUUGGGUUCCCGUUUGCUGGACCGGAUGAGAGUGACAACGAACCCCAGGAUGAGGAACAAGAAGGAUUGGAGACAGAACUUGAUGUUCCUGGUGGUACGACCUCUACUCCUCCAUCCGAACUUUUGCCAGGAUGGUGUCGCAGCGAGAACAAAAAUCGUGGGGAUUUGGUGGCUCCUACGGAUACGCUCAAGAUUAUGGUGUCUGAGGCUGUAGGAACGUUGCCGGCGAUCAAAAUCAUCGACCUGAAUAACCAGCGAUUCGAGAAGACGCCUUUUGUUAGUGCUCAACCUCAAUCGCAGCCUCAGCCCCAGCCCCUACUCCCUGCCUCGCCCAUGACAGUAAUGGUCUUGGUGGAUGAGGAGUACGAGAAACAAGAAGAACAAGAUGAAGAAGACUUGUCGGAAGUUUCAGAGACAAGCUACUACCUCCACGAGCACCAAAGGCCAGAUCCACAGGAGAGUAUUCUGAGGGAGAAAGAAGAGCGUCGGGUGGAGCGACAGCAGGAUUUAGGAAACGAGGAUGGGGAGGAAUAUCAGGAAGUAGCGAGGGACGAUGAGAUGGUGUACGAGGAAGUGGUGGCAGGAGAGGAUCAGAAAGGCGGAGAAGGCGAGGAGGAAGACGAUGAUAAUGGUGACGAUGCGGAAUUCGUGCCUCGGAGUUGGGAAGCAGUGUCGGACGGGUAUCAUAGCGAGUACGAUCUUGCCUCGCCCCAGGGACAUAAUUUCUAG